AUGGUCUACAAGAAGAAGGUUCGCACUGACUACACCAAGCAGGACUUCAUCAAGAUUCUGAAGGCCGAGGGCGAGGAGGGCAUCGUCAGGGUGGCCCUGACCCUGCUGGGCGAGGCGCGGAAGAAGAAGCGCGGCGACGUGCUGCCCUGCUUCCUGAGGCUGUGCCAGACGGUGCACGCCGAGAAGGAGAUGCUCCUCCCGCCGGACGCGAUCCACAUGUUCGGCCACCUCGUCGGCCUCCAGUUCGAGAUCGCCAACAACAACGCGCUGCAUCGCAUGGAGCGCCACGAUCUGCUGCGCAUGCGCGACGUGAACGAGUUCCUCGGCGGCCACCUGCUCCAGCUGUCCCGCCCGCUGCCCAAGUCGUUGACCGCCCUGAAGCAGGACCAGGAAGUCAGGGAGUGCCUGAUCAAGUACUUCUGCGUGAUCCUGCACUCGUUGCCGGCGUGCGGCGACCCGGAAGAGGACGGCGAGCGGCCGACGAUCGAUGCGGCCCGCCGCGAGAUCUUCACCCUGGCCAUCUCGCAGUUCGAGCUGAGCGGCUCCGGGCCGUACCCGUGGCGCGGCGUCCCUGAUCGUCUGCGUGCUGAAGCCUUGACGCUGCUGCAGUACUUCGUCUUCCCCGUCCCGGCACACUUUACGUUCACCAACGAGAGGUUCCUCGGUUGCCUGCAAGCCGGUAUGCAGGCCGAAGACGCGGCUGUGCGCCAAACUUCUGUCCGUCUCGCCUCGGGGCUCAUCUACUCCGGAUGGCUGCACAUCCACGCUGAAGACGUCGUGUCCUGCCUCGCCGAGUCGCCGCUGAUGUGGCUGAAGGCCAAGCGACCGAAGCUGCUCGCCGAGCUGUCGAUGCUCGUCGGCGGAAUUGUGGACGCGAUCCCGAACUCGCCGCAGCCGCUGCGCGAGAAGCUGAUCGAGGUGGUGAGCCUGUACGCGAUGGAGGACCAGCACGGCGAGCUGCUGGCCCUGGUGCAGAACACGGAGGCCGACAAGCUGCUGGAGAAGAUUCCGGCUGAAGGGAUGACGUCGAAUGAGAAGGUGUACCUGCAGGUGGUCCUGGCCGCCCUCGGCGAGGCGCGCAACAACGAGUCUGAAGCC